AUGGCCACCGAAACAAAGCCCCUGGUCCCUCCCAAGGGAUUGAAGACCGAUUAUCCGCUAAUAGAUUCUGAUCCUCACCUCAAGAGAGUCUUUCGCUAUGGCCGUCCUUCCGAUUAUGCCGUCGCCGGUGGCAUGGCGGCUGCCUCCCCGAUCAGUUUUUGGCUGAUGGACCGACUCUCUCCCUCGCACGUUGGACGAGCAGGCUUUGCGCCAGUGUUGCGCCUGGCCACGGCGAUUGGUCUUCUCGGUGGAUUCCACAUCUUUUAUCAGAGAUCUUCAAACCGCUUUUAUGGAUUCACGGAAAAUUCGCGAGAGGUUGAAAAGGAUAUGCGGGAAAUGGUCGACAAAGUGAAGAAGGGAGAACCUCUCUACGGCGUGUCUCAGCUAUCGGAGAACCUGCAAGGAGUCGCUGCCCGCAACUCUCGAUACUCUGGCGUGUUCGCUCAUAUCCUACCAUGGUUUAACUUUGUCAAUCACAAUCAGCAUGGCGUGGAUACGGCGAAAUAUUACCAACAAGCUGAGCGAGAGCUUGAGGCUGAGCGAGUAGGCAAAUAA